AUGCCCGGGUCAUCGCGUCGAUAUUACUUCCGAGCCCCGACUUUCGACAUUAACCCGGAAAGUACAACAUCCGCUCGGCUAGGCAGCAUUUUCUCACGCUUCGGAAAGUUGGCCUAUCCCCUGAACCAAGAUGAGCACAUUCCGAUCCCACCGAACUCUAUCAACAGAAUCGGCGUACCAGAUUUCCAAGACCUCGUCACCAAGGGCGUCUCUUGGUCAGCAGGCGUCACGGCGAGUCUCUCUCAGAUACUCGCCGGUGCUGUCGACAGCGAGAUGCUCUACACGUUCUCAAGGGACAAGAGCGCCGUCUACCGCUGCACCUUUCUCGAGACGGAGGAAUUCGAGCCCAGCGUGCAGUACGUGGCCGAUAGCAUCGCCGCCUCUCUGCGCGUCCAGGACUUCAUCGCCGAUAGUUUUACGGGGAACAAGAAGGUAUACAUGAUUACGGGGCUAAAGAUUGCUGCGGGGUUCAGCAUGUCAACUACGGAGGCGGGUUCUCAUGGUCCGGUCUGCAAGGUCGGCGUGGAUGCAAGCGGCCUUGGGUUUCCGGUCCAAGCUGGACCUCAACUGGAGCUGCUUCGGACUGGUGGCAGGGAAGUCUCUCACAGUCCAGCCGUGUCCAAGAUUCUCUUUGCGUAUCGGGCUAUCAAGAUUGCGCCGAAAAGGGAUGGAGAGCUCAGCUAUAAGGACAUCAGUGGUGGGCAGUAUGGCUACGGGGAGGAUGAGAGCGAAGACGAGGAGGAAGCCUGGGUCAUCGAGCCGGUCGAGGAGAAUCAGAUAUCGACGGUAUUUCCAGACGCGUUGCCUGUGACGAUAGAUGUACAGCGAGGAGACGCCAGCUCUGCUCAAUGA